CGAUACGAGUUUCUACAGCCAUUGUAUCUUGUGUGGUACAGUAUCAGUCGUCGAGACCGUCAAAGACCUCAUAUCGAUUUCAUAACAACGGGAUAUCCAAAAGAAAUCGACAUACUUCAGAAAAAGUUGUCCUUCGCUCUUCGAAAUACUAGAAACAAGGAGGAGAGAAGCACGAAAUCGAGAUCGGCAUCAACAUCAACCACGAUGAGAUCAGUCAACAAUGAACGAAAACUCCUGUGCUGGUCAGUGUUAGCACUUUCCAUGCUGGCUCUUUUUCUGGCAGAAAGCAUGACCCACGUCAAUGCGCAUCCUAUGUUGAUAGAGGUGGCAGAGCAAGGUGAAAGAGUGAGUUAUCUAGAUUGAAUCACUAUUGUCGGUGCUGGCUGGGUCAUAGCUAUGAUCUUCGUUGUCUUCGACUGCAUUGAUCGUCUUCGCUGGUUUUUCGGCUUUGCAAAGCCUCUUGCACACGGCGCCAGUCUAAAGCUUUUACUAACCUGGUACGGAUUCUGUUCCUAUACACUUUGCUCCAGUGCCUGCGCUUGAAUAUUCCAGAGGACGACGAUGCGCACAUGGUAUUUUUGUCCCUUCCCUCUGAAUCGUUCGAGAACGACGACCAAACCGGUUCUCCCGAUUGGACGAAGAACUACAGCGGCAUAGAGAACCACUUUCUGAAUCAGAUGCAGGACCUGACCAAUCGUAGAACCAAAAAUGGCUCGCUCCUCCGUAAAUUCCCCGAGAAGCCUCCACAGGACGUGCAGAAUUCCAUGAACAGUUUCAUCUCGUCGAACGAAUCGAAAUCAGGGUGCACGGUCAAGCUGACGAACCCCAAAUCUACGAGUUCUCGUUCAUUCAAUACUCAUUGGUUUAUUCCUCUGGUUAUAAAUCACCUCCGCAAAGCCGUUCGAACAGAAAAAAAAGACAGAGAGUCGAGCCCAUUAGAAGGAUACGAGGCUUGUUUUCAAAACGAGAACGAUUAUCCAGUACAUUUUAUCCUAGAUUCGGUUAUGGUGGGCGAAGGGCCCGAGUACGACGACGACGAUAACGCAAGCGAGGAUCCCACGUUCCAGGGUCACCACCUGACGCCUCUGGCAAAUCUUCUUGAGGAGAGCAUCAAAUCGGCGAAGGUAGUCAUCACCGAAAUGCAGUACAUGGAACGAAGGGAAGCUAGGAUGCGCCACACGGCGGACAACAUCAACUCGAGGGUCCGAUUCUUUUCGUACAUAUCGAUUGCAAUUCUUUUCGUCGUGACAUUUCUGCAGGUAUCAUACCUGAAGAGAUAUUUUAAAAAGAAAAAACUCUUGUGAUUGGGUCGGUUUGACAUACCGAUGUCAGAUUGCUUGUUACGCAAGUUAGUAGUAGUUGGAAUCUGCUAAUGCAUAAGUCAGACCUGUUUUCUAUCGAUAAAGUUCUUUUCAUCCU